GGCCGAAUAUGCACAGCCUUGCUCAUACUGCAGACACACCAGGACUAGCAAAGCCCAGGGAAGUUGUUUCAGGAGGCAGUAUAGAAUACAAGGAUCAUCUCCACAAUGGAAAUCUGGUGAGCCAGUGAAGACCAAAACAAGGCCACAAAUGCUGAGUUCAUCAUAAUUACUGAAUGUGAAAAAAAAAUCCGAGUAUCAGAUUCUUGGCAUAUUGGAUAAUUUCAUUAAAACCGAAAGAACUGUGGAUGCUAUAAAUCAGGAACAAAAACAGAAGUUGCUAGAAAGGCUCGGCAGGUCUGGCAGGAACUGUGAAUUCAGUGUUAACAUUUUCGGGUCCGGUGACCCUUCCUUAGAACUGGAUAAUUUCUUUGUUCAUUUAGUCUCUGAAGUGUGUUGCCAUCAACUGCCGAGUGAAACCCAUGAACAGAUGCAUUGUCUUUGGGAACAGGUAAUGGCAGUUUUGCCACCCAGAUUGGAAGAUUUCACCUUACAGUUUGACAAUACAGUGGAUAAGAGCCUUGUAUUCUUAUUAAGAGAAACAGUGGAAUUACUGUACAAAGGCCAGGACAUAGACAAGUGCCUGCAGCUCUGUCAGACGGUUGUGGAUUUCUCUUGGGAGAAGCUCAAUAUUGGAACUUGGAGGGAGGUGAAUAAGGAUUGGAGGAGGGUGUAUUCUCAUGGCUGUCUGUUUAAAGCUGUUUGUUUGUGCAAGGAUGAAGCAACACUUAGUGAAGCAAUAAAAACUUGUGACAUGGGUUUGUUGAUGGGGGCAGUCAUAUUGGACAACAUUCUCAUCAGACUGGUCAGAGUUCUUCAGAGGUACAACACUGCUGGGAAAAGGCCUUUAGAAGAUGCUGCAAGCCAUCAGGAAUCAAGCAGAAAGAAGCUAAACGUUUCUCUUCCUUUGGUACAAGAAAUGAGAACUGGAAUGGGAGUUCCAAGAGUCCACUGCCCUUCAUUGGAAUAUUUCAGAACACAGUAUCUCAUUCCACAGAAACCUGUCAUACUGGAGGGAAUUGUUGAUCACUGGCCUGCUGUAAGGGAUUGCAAAUGGAGCGUGGAGUACAUCCGUGAGAUCGCAGGCUGUCGCACUGUGCCGGUAGAAUUGGGUUCUCGCUACACAGAUGAGCAAUGGUCCCAGACCCUGAUGACUGUGAAUGAAUUCACUGAGAAAUAUAUUUUGGACCAGGUGGAGCAGGAGCCCAUUGGAUAUCUAGCACAACAUCAACUAUUUGAACAGAUCCCAGAGUUGCGACAGGACAUCGACAUACCAGAUUACUGUUGUCUAGGAGACACUGAUGAAGAUGAGAUCACCAUAAACGCCUGGUUUGGGCCCAUGGGAACAAUUUCACCCUUACACCAGGACCCACAACAAAAUUUCCUGACACAGGUGGUGGGACAGAAAUAUAUCCGUCUGUAUUCCCCAGCAGAAACUGCAAGACUGUACCCCCAUCCAACCCAGCUAUUGCACAACACCAGCCAGGUGGAUGUGGAGAACCCAGAUUUGGUCAGUUUUCCAGAGUUUAAAUUGGCUGAUUUCCAGGAAUGCAUACUGAGGCCAGGAGAGGUCCUGUUUAUCCCAAUGAAGUACUGGCAUUAUGUGAGGUCACUGGACGUUAGCUUCUCUGUCAGUUUCUGGUGGUCCUGACUGUUCUCACGUGGAAUAGAUGAAGUGUGAGCCAUUGAGUCGUGAGCAGUUUCUCAGUCCUGGAGCUAAAUAUGGCAGAAGAGAAUUUCAACAACCAACCUGGAGAGGAGAGAACCAGAAGGGAAAACACAGAGCGGGAAUGAGGCUGAAACAGAAUGAGAAAAAUGAAAGCAAGAGAUGCAGACUGAUUGAGAAAGCAAUAGUGAGAUGAAUAAAAAGUGAUAGAGAAAGUAAGGAAAGAACAAGAUGUGGAGCAGAAGCUGGUCUGACAUCAUAUGCAUACUUGAGCAUUAAUCUGCAAUUGAUCAAAAAGUGAUUUCCCUUCAGUUAAGCCACAUCUCGCCAUGAGGACCAGACCACAGCUGAUUGUGGUAUUUUUCAAUAUUUUGUGUGCGCAGUGAAAGAUCAGAGAUUUUUCCAGGACUGACGACAAACAUUUCUUUGGUCACACCAUUAAGCAACUGUUAAAGAAUCGAGUUCAUGAAGGAUGCCAUAAAAUGUUCUCUUAGCUGGGUGAAAAGGCAGUUUAGUAUUCUUACUGGGAGAAGAGAAGUUCUUCAAAUGCAAAAAACUUCCCUAGUUCCCUGCAACGAAAGUAUAUAACACCUGGAGAUGAUACUGUCUAAAGAGGUGCUAUGUUUAUAACUUCAGCACAACAUGCUGAAGAGUUCCCUAUCAGUUCAUCCAGCGAACAACCCCACAAGGUUGUGUUCUUGAGUGAUUUGCCAUUCUUCCUGCCCUAACUUUGGCAGUAGUUUAUAACAUUAGCAUUGGCUGGAAUAUCCUUUGGCCGAUGAGUUUAAUCAUUUCCCUGCUCAGCACAUCUAAAAGAUCCCUGGCACUGUUCAAUGUUCAGAGUUCUCUCCCUGUCCUUCCUUUAACCAGAUUACUUGCGUAACUUGUCUCACUGCUAUUCGUUAGUAUUUUGCUCAGUGCUAAUGAACUACUUUAAUUCCCCACAGAAUAACAUUGACUGGUACAAUGUCAUCCAUCACUUGUGAAACAUUUUGACUUAUUUCUGAAUCAUACAGUGUGCUCAAUACAUGUGCUUGCUCAAUA